AUGAAGAUUUCACUGCCGACUCUAACCUUGCUGGCGCAGGUAGUCUACGCAGCCGACAAGAACGCCUGGAAAUCGAGAAGCAUCUACUUUGCCCUCACGGACCGCAUCGCCAGGAGCAGCAGCGACAAUGGCGGCGGAUCAUGCGGCAACCUGGGUGAUUAUUGUGGCGGCACGUUCCAGGGACUGCAGGGGAAACUCGACUACAUCAAGGGGAUGGGCUUUGAUGCCAUUUGGAUCACGCCAAUUGUAGCCAACAGUGACGGUGGUUAUCACGGGUAUUGGGCAAAGGACUUAUAUUCCGUCAACGCCAAGUACGGCAGCGCAGACGACUUGAAGAACCUCGUCAACGCCGCCCACGACAAGCAAAUGUACGUCAUGAUUGACGUCGUCGCAAACCACAUGGGCCCAUCUCCCCUCGCAGACCGCCAGCCCUCCCCCCUCAACGAAGCUUCAUCCUACCACACGCCCUGCCAAAUCGACUACUCGAACCAAACGUCCGUCGAAAACUGCCAAAUCUCCAACCUCCCCGACCUGGACACGCAGUCCUCCACCGUCCGCACCCUCUACCAAGACUGGAUCAAGUGGCUCAUCAAGGAAUACGCCUUCGACGGCGUGCGCAUCGACACAGUCAAGCAUGUUGAGCACGAUUUCUGGACGGGCUUCACCUCCGCUGCGGGAGUAUACACCAUAGGCGAAGUAUUCGACGGGGAUCCAAGCUACGUAGCUGGCUAUGCGAACUCCAUGUCCGGGCUGUUGAAUUACCCGGUGUACUACCCCCUCAAUAACUUCUACCAGCAAAAGGGGUCGUCGCAGGCCCUCGUCGAUAUGCAUGAUAAAGUUGGCUCCUUGUUUCCAGAUGCGUCUGCGAUGGGCACAUUUCUCGAUAACCAUGACAACGCACGGUUUCUCAAUCAAAAGAAUGAUGUGGCUCUUUUGAAGAACAGCCUUACGUAUGUUCUUCUCGCGCGGGGGGUUCCCAUAGUGUACUAUGGCACGGAGCAGGCGUUUUCAGGGGGAGCCGAUCCCGCGAAUAGAGAGGAUCUAUGGAGGAGUAAUUACAGCACGGGCAGUGAUUUAUACGGCUUUAUUGCCAAGGUGCUGGGGGUGAAGAAGGCUGCCGGUGGACUGGGUAGCAACGACCACACGCACUUGUUUGUGGAUUCGACGGCGUAUGCGUGGAGCAGGGAGAAUGGCACGGUGAUGGCGUUGACGAGUAAUAUUGGCGGUGGGAAGACGCAGCAGUAUUGUUUUGGGACCAAGGUGCCGAAUGGGAGGUGGAUGGGGGCUUUGGAUGGGAAGACGUAUAGUGCUGAUGGGGAUGGGAAGUUGUGUGCGAGUGUUGAUGAUGGUGCGCCGGUGAUCUUUGUGUCAUAG